CUAUUCCACGCAAGGCGACUGGCACUUUUGCAAACGAAUUGAGUACUUGGAGAGAGGCGUCUAAAAAUAGGAGACAACGUCCACGGCAAAAUCCAUAUCUUCUUACUAAAAGAAGCGAACGACACACAAACAAAUAGGCCGACUGGUCCAGUCGAAUAGAUCGGCCCUUAUCAGCACCGAUUGAUCAUCCCGGCCGUCUGUUGUUCGUAUAGAUCCCGAGUAUUACCACCACCAUGUCGACUCUCACCAGGGCCUUCACGAAGCGCAGCAAGCGCCCUGAGGUUUCCGCGCCGAUGCCUUACCGUGAGGGACAUUCUAAGUUCAGUGCAGGCACUAUCAACCGAGGCAAGAUCUCUGCGCCCGUUGAGUUAUUGUCGACCACAAACAUGCUGGCCUACAAUGCUCCGGACCUUCAUUCUGCGUCCUCAUCUUCAACAUCUUCAAUUCAGUGGCCCGAUGAUUCAGAUGUCUCCUUUACACAGCGCAGCUUUGGAUCGCCUGUCACAACGCCGGGCGAAUCCCCCGUUGAUGCCGAUCCCGCCCCUCUACCCACUUACUUUCCCAAGCGCUCAGCGACUGUUAGCAGCCACACUACUCCUCGUUCCUCUACAUCCACUGCGUCUUCAGCGGAGGCACCUCUAGUACCUAAGCGCGCCCUGUCUCACACGAAGCGCUCGCAUCAAGAGCUAGCCCGCAAACGAUCUGUGUCUCGACUGUCACCACCUCCCUUGAACUCGACACGCAGCACCUCCGCUGUUCGUCAAGGUUCUGAGGCUUAUCACAUGGAACCUCACCCUUUCAGCAAAGAACUUGAGCAGGUGAACGAGGUCGUCGAGGAGUUCGGUGGUACGCGCGUGCUCGAUGAGGAAGAACUGAUCUUGCGAGACAAAGGGUUGAGGAAGUUCACUGUUGAUGAGUAUCUGGUUGAGAUUGAAGACUUCUAUGGGAGCGUGUUCGAUGAUCGGCGAGGACCAAUUGCCUCUGGCACCUGGCUCUAAGCAGCUGGCGCUCCUUUCCAUUCCUUCACGUUUUCCGAUGGCCACUGUCCAGUGAGAUGGCAUUUUUCUUCUGGGUACUGGAUUAUCCCUUUCUUUUAAUCAGGUGCUAGCCUGUGUUAUGACCCACUCGUAUUCACUCUUUUAAUGUCUUGUCC